AUGGUUGCUUUUGCGUUAGUAAUCACCGCCAGGCGGUUGAGGCCCUACUUUCAAGCCCACCCGAUAAAGGUCCAAACCAAUGUCUGCCUAAGGAAGAUAUUGCAGAAACCCGAUAUCUCAGGCCAAAUGACUAGCUGGGCGAUUGAACUAAGUGAGUUCGAGAUCAAAUACCUCCCUCGGACGUCGAUAAAAGGACUGGUACUAGUAGACUUUGUAGCCGAAUUCUCGAACUUCCCUGAAGACGUAAUUGUUGCACCCCAGGGCAAGUCGUGGCAGGUCUAUCUCAACGGUUCGUCUUGUCGGACAGGUGGCAAAGCGGGAGUGCACAUAGUGACAAGCUCAGGUGAGAGAUUUGAUUAUGCGCUCAAACUCGGAUUCAAAGUCACCAACAACGAAGCAGAAUAUGAGGCGCUCCUGUUGGGACUAACAAUUUCUAGGUCCCUUGGAGCAACUGAAGUUAAAGUAAAAGCCGACUCGCAGAUAGUGGUAGGGCAUGUGACAGGACAGUUCCUCACGAAGGGGGAAAAUCUGAAAAGAUAUCUUCAACGAGUUGGAGAAGAGUGGGAUCACUUCCAGUAUUCUGCCAUCCAUCAGAUUCCUAGAGGAGAGAACCAGGAAGCGGAUCGGCUAGCUAAGGCAGCUUCAGGGCAAGAAGAGGUCCCGUUUCCGGACCAUGUGGUUGCCCGAACUGUUGAUAUAGCUGCGGUGGGAAUUCAGGUUAGGAAUCGAGCAGCCAAAUUUAGGCUGGUAGAGACAAUUCUGUAUAAAAGAGGCUACGCCGAGCCUCUGUUAAGGUGCCUCUCCUCCGAGCAGGCUCAAUACGUAUUGGCUGAAAUCCAUGAAGGAGUUUGCGGCAAUCACGCGAGCGGGAGGGCAUUGGCAUUGCGAACUGCUUGGGCGGGAUACUACUGGCCUAAUGCUCACAAGGAUGCCGACGAGUUCGCCCGAAAAUGUCUUAAAUGCCAGGAAAACGCCCUUAUACCUCAUUUUCCUCCCGUAGAACUUACUUCUGUCACUGCCCCGUGGCCCUCACCCAAUGGGGGUUGGAUCUCAUUGGUCCCCUCCCAGUGA